GUUGUCAUGGUUACAUUUAUGCAGAUUUUUAAAGAGUGAUACCAAAACAUGCACCGAAAGAAUUACAAAACAUCCCUUCGUCUUGGAAGUGUGUUUGAAUUUCAUGGCUGAAAUCAUAUCCAAGCGGGCUGAAACUGUAGUGGAUUGGGAAGAUUUUGUGAAUUUCUACAUAUUAAAAUGUUCAAAAGAUGCAUAUAGUAAAGAAGAUAACCCAAAUGGAUACAUCAAUCUUGGUACUUCAGUCAAUAAAUUAUGCACAGACUUUGUUUAUCCAAAACUUUCAGACGUAUGGACUUGGGAGGAAUCCAUGCUGCAGUACCAAACAGUAUAUGGAAUUGUUCGGUUGAGGAAAGCAUUGGCUGCACUGAUUACGGAAUUUUUCAUUCCAGCUGAAAAGAUUAAUCCUGACAAUGUACGCUAAUUCAUUAUUUCAUGUGAUAACAUUUUCAUGCUCAAAUUU